GUGAAAACACACAGGGAAGAGUUCAAGCAGAUUCAGCUUUAUUUAUCUCCAUCGAGCAGAAGAAUAAACUCGAUGCUGCUCCAUCCACUGCGCGCACACUCAGCGCGCAUGCGCGUUCCCGUUUGAUUUCUUAAUAUUUAAUAUCAAUGGCUGACGCUCGUUUCUAAAGCAUCUCUUAAAAUUAGGAAGGAAUCUUUGACACGUUUUCUCAACACCAAGGUGAACGUCAAUCUCUUUGAUUUUAUCCGCUGGGCUUCGAUCCUAAUCAGUCCAAAUUCACUCAAAAUGGGACAGAAAUGUCACAUUUAACCCUUUCCGUUCCGCUGUCGACAUUAACGCGAGAAGAUGAUGCGUCAGGUGUCCAGCAGCAGCGAAUACUGCGUCGACGGACGGCCCUCGUGUUUAGCGGAGGACGGGAGGCUCUCGCCGAGCCACUUUGAUUUGUGCCCCACCAAGUUUUACCAGUCUUCCCCCCCUCAGCGCUCUCGGCAGAUGUGCUUCGCGUACCUGCCGCCGCCGCCGGUCCUCAAGUCCCCCUCGUGCCGCGAGGAGCCACGUCUGCCGCAGGGGCCCGUCGGACCUCAGGGAAACCACAGAAGCGGGGACUCUAAAAAGAAGGGAGCGUCCGGGAGGUCUGGGAAACGCGGCCGGCCGGCGGGAACCACCAAAUCCGCCGGUUACAGAACCAGCACGGGCAGACCGCUGGGCACCACUAAAGCCGCCGGGUUUAAGACCAGUCCGGGCCGGCCCCUGGGCACCACCAAGGCCGCGGGCUAUAAGGUGAGUCCCGGCCGGCCGCCCGGCAGCAUCAAGAGCCCGUCUCGGCUGGGUAAGCUAAGCUACGGUUCCUGCAGCGGAGCGGCGUUCCCCUACAGCAUCAUGCACAGACCCGACGCUACGCUGAAGGAGGAAGCGGCUAAAGAAACACCAAAACUGUUGUUACAAGCUCCCCAGUUCCUCCUCGGCAGCCUCCCGGUCCGGCAGCAGAAGACCCCCCCGCCAGCGGCGCUCCUGCCGUCAGGGGACGCCCCCCCGGGCCCCGAGCAGCUCAUCUCCGCCGCGCUCUGGUCACGCUGAACGCCAGUGCAUGUCAUGGCGGGUUGUUAGUGAGCUUCUUUCAUAAGCUUGAGUUAUAUAGUUAGACGAUAAUGAAGAGUGCAAUAUUUUCAUCAUUCCAGCACUCCACCAAAGACCUCCAACAGCAUGAUUCCAGAAGAAACACAUGAAACGUGCACUCUUUAAUCACACGUGUCAAUCAUUACACGUCUUGUAAUAGU